CCCCCUCCUCGCGUACAAACACAUCCAUCUCCUGCCCAUUCAACUCCUCUCAUCAACCAAACAAAAGUUCUUUUGUAUCCUCCUCCCUUACAUCUCAGCAUGUCCUUCUCUGAUACUGACGAAGGGAUUCUCCCGCAGGACAGUCUGCGCAACGAGACCCCUCCUCCAGUCGAGACCGAGCCCGAACCCGAGCCCUAUACGGCAUUCACCACCAUCGUCCGUCCGGCCCCAGGCGCGAAGUGCUGCAACACCAGCACACUCCUGCACCAGCCUCACACCUCUCUCUUUGUCACAUCCGCUACUAAAGUCGCCGAUGGCCUCACCGCCAGCUCCUUUGUCGCCUACACCAUCAAGAUUGGGGAUAGCGAGGUCAAGAGACGUUACUCCGAAUUUGAAUCGCUGCGAAAGGUGCUCUGUAGAAUCUAUCCCACGUUGAUUGUGCCGCCCAUCCCAGAGAAGCAUACCAUUUCAAAUUACGCCAACUUACAGAACAAGAGCAAGGAGGAUGCGCUGAUGGUGGAGAAACGAAAGCGCAUGCUGCAGAAGUUCCUGAACAGACUGGCCAAACAUGAGAUCCUGUCGUACGAACAUGUUUUUCACAAGUUCUUAGAGGCCGAGGUGUCUUGGUCUGAGGCAAUGCACUCUGCUCCAGUAUCAACACUUCCAAAAAACCCGCUCAAUGCAACCUUGACAGCCAGCUCGUCUACACUUUCGCUUUCGCGUUCGGCAUCUAUGCCUCCAUCUCCUUCAGCACCCUCGGUGACUUCACCAGGACCAAACAGCCCUAGCCAGGCCAUGGCACCACCGCCUCUGAGACAGCCAGACCCCCGAUUUAUCGAUAGCGAGGUCUUCACCCAAAAGUUUUCCAACCAGCUCUCUGGAAGUAUGGACCGCAGUCAGAAGAAGGUCCUCCGUAAGCUGAAAGAACUUGCUGAUGACAACUCUGAACUGGGCGCGACUCUAAAUGGAUUCAGCUUAAACGAGUCUGAGCACUCGCCGCUUGGGGUAGCCAUCGAAAGAGUUGGCGAGGCUGCCGACUCUAGUUUCUUUGCCACGACUGAUCUGAUGCAAGCGUUGGAAAUUAAAGUCAAUGAACCCCUGCAAGAGUACAUUCAAUACGCCAACAUCAUCAAGACUAUUCUCAAAUUCAGGCACCAAAAGCACAUUCAAUCUGAAAGCACAGCCGAUCAACUUGAAGCCAAGAGGAGCUCGCUGGAAAAUCUCGAGAGAAUGGAGACAGAGGCCAAGAGAAUCGAGGACGCAUUAAAACGUGAACGCUCUCUCACUUCGGGAAGCACCUCGGCCGCCGAAACUCCAGGUCGUAACGACGUAUCGCAUCAGCACAAUCCUUCAGCUGACACUCACUCUGUCUCGGAGGAGGUCACAUUCACCAACGAGCCCGAGUCGAUCAGCACGGAGCCUCCAGAGAAUGCAGAGUCUCAUAACCCAUACGCUCGCACGUCUUCUGUGAGCUCGAAUGGCAAUCAGGAUCCAACCAAUCCCUAUGCACAGCUUCCUCCCGCUAAUCCAUACACUCAUACCCACACCCCUCCCUCAAGCAACCCGAAGCGCAGAAGCACUCGCCUCAAUGUGUUUAGUGCUCUCAGUCAUACGAUCCACGGCAUCAUUGAUGUGGAUCCUGAAGCCACUAGACGCAACAAUAUUGGAAAGACGCGUGACGCUAUUGCUCAGCUGGAAGAGCAGCUGGAGACCACGAACGCAGAUCUGGACAAAAUCUCACGGGCAGUGCAGGGAGAUUUGGAUCGUUUCCAGCGUCAAAAGAUCAAGGAUAUGAAAGAGAUUCUGCUGGAGUAUGCUAAAGCACAUCAGAAGUGGUGCCAAAAGAACUUGGGAUCAUGGCAGGAGGCCAAUGCAGUCGUCGAACAGAUACCAGUUUAAAGCGAGUGUCGCAUGUAUAGCAACAAGGGUUUCCGAAGGAGUUUUGAGUGUUGAUCCCGGUUUUGAUAGCAGAUGCAGCAAUAAUAAAGUCGUCGAUAUUGACAAAUUCAACUUGAA